UCUAACCAGGCCAUCCUAAUUUAACUUUCUUUAACAGAAAUGGCAUUGAGUAACAAUGUAAUAGGAGCCAUUAACUUCAUUGCUGUGCUCCUAUCAAUCCCAAUCAUUGGUGCUGGGAUCUGGCUAACAACCGAGCCAGCCGAUUCAUGCGUCAAAAUCCUACAAUGGCCCGUCAUCGUUCUAGGGGUUUUGGUCUUUGUGGUGGCUCUGGCCGGGUUCAUCGGAGCCUUUUGGAGAAUCCCCUCGCUUCUCGUGUUCUACCUUGUUUCCAUGUUUGUGCUCAUUGUGUUGCUCGUUUCAUUGGUGAUUUUUGUCUAUGCGGUCACGCUUAGAGGCCAUGGAGAUAUUGAACCCAAUCGGUCAUACUUGGAAUAUCAGAUGGAUGAUUUCUCUAUUUGGCUUCGUCGAAGGGUGAGAAGCUCGAACAAGUGGGAUCACAUUAGAAGCUGUAUUAGCUCCUCAAACACGUGUGCUGAGUUGAACCAACGUUAUCGACUUGCUCAGGACUUCUUUGAUGCACACUUAUCUCCCAUGCAGUCAGGGUGCUGUAAGCCACCAACCAAAUGUGGCUACACAUUUGUGAACCCAACCUAUUGGAUUAGCCCAAUUGACAACGCUGCAGACAAGGAUUGCAUGCAAUGGAGCAACGAACCAACAAAACUUUGCUAUAACUGCGACUCAUGCAAGGCUGGUUUAUUGGCAACCCUUAGAACCGAGUGGAGGAGAGCUAAUGUCAUAUUGAUCGUUGCCGUGGUGGCUUUAAUUGUAGUGUAUCUGAUGGGGUGGUUUGCCUUUAGAAAUGCCAAAACUGAGGAGCUCUUUCGCAAAUACAAGCAAGGCUACACUUAAGAAGGUCCCAAAAUGUAAAUUUUAGUUUGUAUUGGACACUUACUGAGUUGAACGAGCUUCCUGUUUUAUGUUUGCUUUCAAAAAAAAAUAUGUUUGAUGCUGCGAAAGGAUAGUUCAAUUAAACAGAGAUUUUUUUU